AUGUCUGGCAGCGCAGGUUAUGAUCGACACAUCACUAUCUUCUCAGAUCAGGGCCGGUUAUAUCAAGUUGAAUAUGCAUUCAAGGCAAUCACGGCAGCCAAUAUUACAUCAGUGGGAGUUCGAGGGAAGACAUGCGCUGUGGUGCUAUCCCAAAAGAAGGUGCCGGACAAAUUGAUCGAUCCCUCCUCGGUAUCCUAUGUUUUCAAGAUUUCACCCUCCGUAGGCUGCGUCAUGACCGGCUCCAUAGCGGACGCUCGAGCCUCAGUGGACCGAGCGAGAGGAGAAGCGGCAGAAUUCAGAUACCGAAAUGGAUAUGAAAUGCCUUGUGAUGUUCUGGCAAAGCGAUUGGCAAACAUCAGUCAAGUGUACACACAACGGGCAUACAUGAGACCAUUGGGUGUAGCAACAACACUGAUUUCCGUCGAUGAUGAAUUCGGCCCCCAACUCUACAAAUGUGACCCGGCUGGAUAUUACGUGGGUUACAAGGCAACGGCGUCAGGGCCCAAACAACAAGAGGCACUUAAUCAUUUGGAGAAGAAGCUGAAGAACAAAGACUGUGCUCCCGGAAGCUGGGAAGAAGUGGUCGAACUGGGGAUCAGCACCCUCAGCACGGUAUUAAGCGUUGACUUCAAGAAGAGCGAAUUAGAGAUUGGAAUCGUGGGCGGACCGAAGGCUGACGGGAAUGAAGGAACCGACCGGGAGUUCAGAACACUCACCGAGGAUGAAAUCGAGGAACGACUCCAGGCCAUUGCAGAGCGGGAUUGA